AUGCUUAAAUACAUGCAUUUUCAUUUUUUUUUUUUUGUUGUCCUCCUUAACUUGUCCUUAAAAUUAACAAGAUGCUUUAGUUUUUAUCACAACUUUGAAAAUACAAGUGCCUCAACAAAUUUAAAGAAAAAACCAAGUAUGGUUUAUGAUCUUAUAGUUAUUGGAGGUGGAAGUGGAGGCAUGGCCGCCGCUAGGAGGGCAGCAAAGAACAAGGCGAAGGUUGCUCUUGUGGAAAAGUCAUACCUAGGAGGUACAUGUGUGAAUGUUGGUUGUGUACCAAAAAAGAUAAUGUUCAACGCCGCCUCGAUUCACGACAUUUUGGAAAAUUCAAGACAUUACGGAUUCGAUACUCAAUUUUCUUUCAAUUUACCACUUCUAGUGGAGAGAAGAGAUAAAUACAUUCGGAGACUAAACGACAUAUAUAGAAACAAUUUAAAAAAAGACAAUGUGGAAUUAUUCGAAGGAAAAGCCAGUUUGUUAAGUGAAAACAAAGUGUUAAUAAAGAAGGAGAACAUUUCAUGUAAACACGAAGAAAAAACAGAUGAAGUGAUUGAAGGCAGAAACAUUCUCAUAGCAGUUGGUAACAAACCAAUAUUUCCACAAGUGAAAGGGAUCGAAAAUACAAUUUCAAGUGAUGAUUUUUUUAAAAUAAAAGAAUCCAAAAGAAUAGGUAUUGUGGGAAGUGGGUACAUAGCAGUUGAAUUGAUAAAUGUUAUUAAAAGGCUAGGAAUCGAGUCUUACAUAUUUGCAAGAGGAAAUAGAUUAUUAAGGAAAUUUGACGAAUCAGUUAUAAAUGAAUUAGAAAAUGAUAUGAAAAAAAAUAAUAUAAAUAUUAUUACUCAUGCAAAUGUAGAAGAAAUAGAAAAGGUAAAAGAAAAAAAUUUGACAAUAUAUUUAUCAGAUGGAAGGAAAUAUGAACAUUUCGAUUACGUCAUAUAUUGUGUUGGAAGAUCACCAAAUACAGAGGAUUUAAAUUUAGAAAAAUUAAACAUAAAGACAAAAAAUGAUUACAUACUUGUUGAUGAUAAUCAAAGAACUAAUGUGAAAAAUAUUUAUGCUGUUGGGGAUUGUUGCAUUGUUAAAAAAAAUCAAGAAAUUGAAGAUUUACAUUUAUUAAAAUUAUACAAUGAAGAACCAUAUUUAAAUAAAAAAGAAAAUAUAACUGGAGAUAUAUAUUUCAAUGUUCAACUUACUCCUGUUGCCAUUAAUGCUGGAAGGUUACUAGCAGAUAGACUUUUUCUAAACAAAUCAAGAAAAACAAAUUAUAAACUCAUCCCAACAGUUAUAUUUUCACAUCCUCCAAUUGGAACAAUCGGUCUUUCUGAACAAGAAGCAAUUGAAACUUAUGGAAAAGAAAAUGUAAAAAUAUAUGAAUCCAAAUUUACAAAUCUAUUCUUCUCAGUUUAUGACAUCGAUCCAGCCCAGAAAGAAAAAACAUACCUCAAGUUAGUAUGUGUUGGUAAAGAAGAAUUAAUUAAAGGUUUACAUAUAAUUGGAUUGAAUGCCGAUGAAAUUAUUCAAGGAUUUGCAGUUGCAUUAAAGAUGAAUGCAACGAAAAAAGAUUUUGAUGAAACAAUACCAAUACAUCCCACAGCUGCAGAGGAAUUCGUCACUAUACACCCUUGGAUGAAAUGA